AUGUGUUCGGUUUGUGAUAUCACAGGAAAUAAUAAUCAACAGGGUCAAGGGAACAGGCAAAACGCAGCACAAGGGAGAAUGAGAAUUUUCACUACUCCUUCAUCAACUUCUGAUACUGAUACUGGUGGUAAUAAUAAUUCGACACUGUUUUUUGAAAAUUUUUCUUCCUCAGCUAUUGUCUCCCAAGAAAACAGAGAGACUUCAAUUAUGCUCCCAAUUAACAAUAACAAUUCUGCUACUGAAAUAAUCCACAUCAAUGACGAAGAACCAGAUCUUGAAUCAUCAUUUUUAGAAGGCAAUCUUAAUUCUUUCUCUUCAAUUUUACCAACAAUGGAACAAACCAAUCAAGAUGCCUCAAAUCUUUUAACAUUACAAAGAAAUUUGAGAAUCAACACCGCCAACAACAACAACCGACAAGAUGGUGUGUCACUUGAUUUAUCCUUACACCAGUUUGGCGGUGAUGGCAGUGGCAGCUCUUCUACUAUGGAUGUCAUCAGUGGCGGCGCUGGUGGUGGUGGAGGUGGAGAUGGUCUCUUGACGAGCGUUCUCAACAAUACUUCUACUAGACGCAUCAUGCCUAUCAAAAGAACUGCACCUGAUUAUGCUCGCCGAGAGUUUACGGUGGGUGAGAGCUCAAGUGCCGGUGGUGCUGGUGGUGGAUCUGUUGCUCAACCUAUGGCAGCCCCCAAGCGCCGCCCCACCGCUAAUGAAAAUGCGGCGCUGCGCAUUUCAUCAUCAUCUAAUACCUGCACUUGUACCCCUUCUCCCACUUGCGCUCUCCAUGCUUCUGCCAAUAAUAAUCUUUCUUCAUCUUCCAGGGAACAACCCCAUGAAACUGCUAACAACAACAACAACCCCCAAAAUGUUGUUCGUGUUCCUUCUAGUUUGUGGCCAAUUUCUGAGGUGCAACGAGCUCUUCAGUCUGAUAGCUUUCAACGAGUUGGAGGAAGUAAUAGAGAAUCUAACAACACCAGAAACAACUAUCCUUUUUCUUCUCCUGCUGGAAGGGGAACAAUCACUGUGACUCAGAAUCGUGGAAACUCAUCAUCAUCAAGCUUAUUCCCCGGUGGGUCUCCUUCAACACGGCUACUUGAAAGCCUUUUACAAAACGCUGGUACCCCUUCUUCUGGAUCUGGCGCUGGUCAGAAUAAUACAGCAGGUACUACCGUUGGAGCUGUUCCUGCAGUUCAGCAGCUGUCGAACGUUGCUCGUGCAUGGAUUCGAAGGCUGAACGCUCAUGAUGAGGCCUUGAUGAGAACGUCACAAUCUUCUACCCCUGAUAUUACUCCUCACAGGGCAUUGCGAGCUUCUCCUAUUGCUGAGAUGUAUAAUUUGCCUACUUAUUUUGCUGAUGAUUCAAGAAGGCUUAGACAAGAGAUCCGCAAUGCCAUUGAUCAUUUGCGUAAUGGAGGUUCCGUCCGACUGGAGGAACUUUUAAUUCUUGAUUACUCCAUUGUGCUGAACUUGCUUGACAACAUUGAGGAGGAAGAGGAUGAUGUUCCGCAGCAGUUUUAUGAGUAUCUGGGAGACGGGCAGCGAGUGACCAACCCCGAUUUAGGACUGACGGAAACCGAGGUUGCAAUAUGUAUUGGACGGGAAAUUUUCCAAACUGUUGGUGAGCAGCCUCAGAACAUUGAUGCAUGCGGCAUAUGUCAGGAGGACUAUGUUCACGGUGAAGAGCUUGGGAGAUUGGAUUGUGCGCACAGAUAUCACCUUUCUUGCAUUAGGCAGUGGUUGCUCAUCAAGAACAGAUGCCCAAUCUGCAAGAAAAUGGCCCUCACCAUCAUAGACUUGGAGGACGACGAGGACGAUGAUGAGUGA